UUUCUCGUUAUGAUUGAUGAAUAUUAUUCCUUGAAGUUUUGGUCUUGCUUUUAGAUGUUUGCCCGUUAUAGUUUAGCUGGGUAUUCUUUGGUCUUUAUUUUAACUCAAAGUCCAUUUCUUUUUGAAAUUAGUUCCAAUAUGAGGAGAUUCUCGGAAUUACAUAUCGGUUGGGAAUGAAAAGUGCACAAACCAGAACACCCAUUUCAAAUGCAAUACAGCACUAAAGCAGUAGCGAAAUUGUCCCCAAUCAUAAGCAGGCUCCAAUAUGUCAGAGGUGCGAAAAAAAUGGAGAGUUGCAGCUUCAAGCUUAUGGUCAUUUGGCUGCGGGUUUUCUGAUGCCGCUCCAGGAGCAUUGCUCCCGUAUAUUGAAGAAUACUAUCACAUUUCAUACUCCAUUGUUUCUCUUAUUUGGAUGGCAAAUGCAGCAGGAUUUAUAGUUGUGGCUGUAUUAUCAGGUAAGAUACAAAUUUGGUUCGGAAUGCAAAGAUCCCUUAUACUAGGGUGUCUUUUAUCCUGUGUCAUGUAUGGAAUGGUUCUGAGUGGAUCUCAUUUUGCAGUGAUUGUGACUGGAUUUUUCGUUGGAGGAAUUGGUCUUGGGAUCUGCUUGGCACAAUGUAAUGUUUAUGUAUCUCGCUUAGAAGGAGGAUCUACAUAUUUAGCAUACUUACAUGCCUUUUAUGGCUUGGGUGCAACAGUUUCUCCACUAAUAGGUACUGCUACAGUUAAUAGUGGGGUAAAAUGGCAUUAUUUUUAUAUGAUUCUUCUUGGUAUUAUGCUUGCAAAUGCUGUAGACUUAUGGUUUGCAUUUGUGGAGGAAGAGACUUCAGAGAAUUAUAGGUUGAACGAACAACAUGAAUUAGAAGAACCAGAAGCGCAAAUAGCUAACGUCACGCCUACAUCAGGUGAUAUGUUAGAAGCUAUCAAAAAUAGAUCUACAUGGUUAAUGGCAUUGUUCUGUUUAUUCUAUCAAGGAUCUGAAGUUUCUUUGGCGGGUUGGAUUGUAACUUACUUGUUAGAUUAUAGGCAUGGGAAUUCCAAAGCAGUAGGAUAUGUUGCAUCCGGCUUUUGGGGUGGACUCACAAUAGGUCGCCUUUUCCUUACACGGGCAUUAUACAAAUAUUUUGGUGUUCGUAGAAGUGUUGUUAUAACAGGAGUUGCCGCUAUAGCAGUAGUUAUCGCAAUAUGGUUUACUCCAAAUGUUAUAGCCGCCGGGUGUCUUGUAGCACUCUCUGGGGUAUUAAUCGGUCCAAAUUAUACAUUAAUGGUAGCAGUAACUCCACGGAUGUUUCCCAGAAAGAUUCAAAUCAUUUCUGUUACUAUUCUAACCGCGUUUGGAUCUAUCGGAGGUGCUAUAUUCCCAUUCUUGGUGGGUCUCAUAUCUCAAUAUUCAGGUACAUAUGUGGUACUCCCGGUAUUUGUAUCAUUAUAUCUGGUAAUGGUUUUAAUAUGGUUGGCAUUACCAAAUGUAGAAAAAGAAUUUAAAGUGGGUACACCGUGGUGGAAACGGCUCUGGUAGUUUUGGAAAUCGAGUGUAAUUUGUAAUAAAAGCAAUUUAUCAAUAUCCUGGCUCUAAUUAUAUUUAUUUUUGUUCAGAGACACUUAGUCUAGUAGCCAUCCGAUUCUUUGUGGUUAAUACUCACAAAGUAUCAAUUAACAUUUGAAGAUCAAUUUCC